AUGGCCACCGCAAACCUCGUCGAUUUCCAAAACAUCUUCUCCCUCGAGGGCAAAGUUGCCGUUAUAACUGGCAGCUCUCGCGGACUCGGCCUCGCUGCGGCGUCUGGAAUCUUGCAAGUAGGCGCUUCGAAAGUCUACAUCACGUCUCGGAGCGCCAGUGGCUGCGAGGAAGCAUGUGCGAUACUUAACGCCCUGCCAAACAAGCGCGCCGAUGCCCAAGCCAUCCCCGUUCCCGCGGAUUCGUCCACCGUAGAUGGUAUCCAAGAACUCGUAGAUGCCGUCAGUAAAUCGACGGACCACGUGGACAUCCUUCUAAUCAACGCCGGCAUGGCGUACGGCGAGCGGUUCGAGAAGCACGACGAGAAGAAGUGGACCGAGGUCAUGGACAUCAACCUCAAGAGCGUGUUCUACGCAGCCCAAAGCUCGGCCGAUACUGGAUCCGUUGCGAUCGACUCCAAAGCCUAUGCCUCCAGUGACUCUUGGCUCAUUUGCCUCAGCGGUGCUCCUUUCACUGGCAUCCACUGUGAUCUGAAUGGCGUCUUGAGCCCGCAGAAGGGUCCAAUUCCGGUCGCCGUCACCUCUGGCCCCGGUAUUGGUCCUUUUCACUGA